AUGGACGACCCGUUUACGACUCCGCAGCGGACAUCGGUCCAGGACAGUAACAGUAAUCUCAUCGUUCUGCCCACAUCGUCACCAUCACAAAUCAAACGGACGCUGGAGGCACAUCUAGCGGAAGUCAGCAAACGCAUCGAGACCGCCGGGAACCUGGGACGGGCGCUACUGAAACAGCAACAAGAAUAUGAAGCGAGGAUCAGGGAGCUGGACGAGGCCGGCGACACGGUGGACCCAGAGCUGAAGAAGAAACUGCAGGACUUGGAGAAGGAGUACAAUGAAGUCGGCAGAGAGAGCGCAAGGGCGGUAUUGACGAACAAGAUCAUGGGCGGUGGCGGUGGAACGUCGCCGUACGCGGCUGGAAAUCUCACCCCAUCGACCGCAGCAAAUCUACAGGCUCAAGGCACAAACUCCCCUUCAAAACCUACAUCACGUCGUCAGCGAAAUCAGCCAUCCCGACAGCACGAUCUCGAGUUUGCGGCUGAGCUUGGCCAGGGUCUUCUCGUUGAGGUUAGGCGGCUCCAAGCAUUGCUGUCCGACCGCGAGGAGGCUCUCCGGAUUAUACAGAUUGAGAAGGCGAGAUUGGAGCAGCAGGCCGAGCACUUGGAGAACCGGGUCCGAAAUUUUGACGAGAGCGAGCAGAAAUACAAGGAGGAGAACUGGGAUUUGGAAUUGCUCAACCAGGAUUUACUAGCCCAGGCCAGAGACCAGCAGGAGAUUGAAGACCGACUACACGCAGAGAUCCAGCGGCUGUGCCACGAGAAAGAGGAUAUCAUCAAGGAGCUCGAUGAGUGGAAACACCAGAACGAGAAGCUAUUUGAGGACCUCGAAGCGGAGCACAAGCAUCAUGAAGUCGAGUUUUCAACUAUGCGGAGGAAUCUGGCUACAAAUGAAAAUGAACGCAUUGCGCUAGAGAAGAAGGUGGAGGACUUGAAGCAGGAGCUAGAAGAUAGUCAUAAUCAGAGCAGCCGAUUGCGGGCCUCCCUCGAGCACAGAGAGGACCUUGAACAAAAUGAGGAUCCAUUCGUGACGGAGCCCGCUCAAACCACACCAGAAAACUCCCCUCCCACAUCUCCCACAAAGCCAACGCCGAGAAAUACACAUUUGGAAGCCGAGACCCUGAAAUCGAGUCUGCAACAUGCUCACAAAAUAAUUGCCAAUCUCAAGGGGGGCAUGAACCGAGAAAGGAACGAGAAGGCUGAGCUUAAGCGCCUAUUACAGGAGGCCAGAGACGACCUUGAGAAUUCACGGCUGAGAAGAGAUUCUAUCGGUGGCCCACCAAGUAGUGCCGACAAGAGACGGAAGGGCAAGGCCUCAUUCAUCAAGUCCGGAGCUCCACGACCCAUCUUCAACACAGCCCUUCUUGGCGGUGCACGCCGCACCAAAGAUGAAGUAGUCAAGAACACUCAGGUAGACGAAGAAUGGGAGGAAGCACCCGAAGAUGAGCCUACUUCUCCCACCAGAUCCAAGUUCCCAUCAAACUCAAUUGUCCUCAGCGACUACACCCUGAGCCCACCUAUUAGCGGUGAAGCAGACGAGUCCGCAUUUGAGACCGCAAACGAGGCUGCCGGCCUGACUACAGAUGCUUUUGAGACCGCUAAUGAGCACGACAGCACUGCGACAGAGACAGAAGCCUAUAGGACUGGCAAUGAGAGCCCUGUGUACGACCACCCAACCUCAGCAGACGAACUCACCGAAACCGAGUCCGGUCCGCACCUAAAGGUCAUCAAGAAGAAGACUUCCCGCGCCUCCUCAUUUGGUGGUUCUAGACGCCCCGGCCUCAACAGAAUCCGCCACAGGGAUAGCGUUGCCUCCUCUGCAUCUACCGAAGAGGAUUCAGAUGGCGCAUACGAGGACCGCCGCAACCGUCGCGACGACUUCAUGACCCCCGUCCCCGGUUCAGGCCAACGUCUCAGGAGCAAAAUGGGUAGACCUCAGAGCAGGGGAACCAGAAUGCCUAGUCAGAGCAGCAUGUUCCGAAACCGUGAGCGCGCAUUCUCGACCGGCUCCAGCAACAGGGACAGAGCGUUCUCAGCGGGCUCCAGCGACGCAGGUACCUUCCAGUUCCGCAACGGAUCCCCCAGCAGUGUACGUCAUAGACCCUCAGGCGCCGGUGAGCGCAAGAGCUUGUUUGCCGAGUUGGGCGAUGGUAUGUUUAAUGGCGAGGACGAUGAGGAUACUGCAGAGGAGGACGAGGCACCGACUACUCCCACCAAGACUAGCAUGCCAUACGUUACCAAGGGUGCCAUGGUCGAUUGCGGUAUCAUGACCGAUGAUCUCCUGGACUACCCUGUGCUUGACCGCUCUCGCAACUUCUUGAGUAUCAAUGAUUUGGACAGGCCCCGAACAGCGUUCUCUACAAUCUCAUCAAUGCACACAAUCGAGGAGGUGGAAAAGACCAACGACAUGGGCGUCCAAUCCGAAGAUGCGGAGGUUAUAGAGAUGGGAACCCAAUCUGACGCAACUCUAGUUUCAGAGGUUGGCAUCCAGUCCGAGGCCACCCCGGUCACUAACAUUGGAACUCAAUUCGACCCAACCCCAGUAAUUGAGAUGAGCACACAAUCCGACGUACCCUACCCCACCCACCCCGACCUUAGCAAGGAACUCCAUGAGACUGAAGAGGAGCUCAAGGCAACCUCAGCGAAGCUACUCGUGGUUGAAGGCGCUGCCGCAGCUGCAGCUGCCAAAUUGCUCGAAGCAGAUGAGGCUAGCAAAGUAGCAGCCGCAAAGCUUCUCGAGUCCGACGAGGCCGGAAAGGUGGCGGCGGAGAAACUAAUCAAGGCAGACGAAGAGGCGAAGCUAGCGGCCGAGAAGCUCCUACAGUUCGAGGAGGGCAAAAAGGUCGCCGCAGCGAAGCUUCUUGCAGUAGAAGAGGAGGCACGAAAUAUCGCCGCCAGGUUGGCCGCAUCAGAAGAAGAAGCAAUGGCUACCGCCCAUCGACUAGCAGCAUCUGAGGAGUUGUCUCAUGCCACAGCCGCGAGAUUGGCAGCAUCGGAGAAGGACGUGGCAGCAGCGGAAAAGAAGUUGGCGGCAUCAGAAGAGGAUGGAAGAGUGUCAGCGGCGAAACUAGUUGCGGCGGCAGCGGCAGGUGCGAUUGCGGCGGAGGCACUACGUGCAGCACAGGAUAGCGGUAAGGCAACAGAGGAGAAGUUAAGGCAGGUUGAGGAGGAGGCGAGGUUGGCCGCGGAGAGGCUUGCGAGGGAAGAGGAGAACAGUAGGAGUAUUGCGGAGAGGCUUGCACAAGAGGAGGAGAACGUCAGGGCUACAGCAGCGAAGUUGGCCCAAGAACAGGAGAAUAUGAGGACUACAUCGGCCAAGCUUGCCCAGGAAGAGGAGAACUCCAAGGCCAUAUUGGCUAAGCUUGCCCAGGAGGAGGAGAGCUCGAGGGCCAUAUCGACUAAGCUUGCCCAGGAGGAGGAGAAUGUGAGGGUGACAGCGGCCAAGCUUGCUCAGGAAGAGGAGAACAUGAGGGUGACAGCGGCGAAGCUUGCCCAGGAAGAGGAGAAUAUGAGGGUGACAGCGGCCAAGCUUGCUCAAGAAGAGGAAAACGUCAGGUCAACAGCAGCAAAACUCGCCCAGGAAGAGGAGAGCGGCAGAGCGACAGCGACAAAACUGGCGGAGUCCGAAGAGACUGGACUGGCGACUGCGGAGAAGUUGAGGCUUGCGGAAGAAGAGAUGAAGGCCACCGCAGCGAGGUUAGCUGAUUCCGAAGAGGGAGCUAGAGCCACCGCAGAAAGGUUGGCGGCGUCACAGGAAGAGGCAAGGUCUACAGCAGAAAGAUUGGCGUCAUCACAGGAAGAAGCAAGGGUCACGGGAGUAAGAUUAGCGGCGUCACAGGACGAGGCGCGGGCCACGGCUGAGAGAUUGGCGGCAUCACAGGAAGAGGCGAGGGCUACCGCUGAGAGAUUGGCUGCGGCGGAAGAGGAGUCAAGGGCCACCGCUGAGAGGUUGUCUGCGGCGGAGGAGGAGUCAAGGGCUACAACUCAGAGGUUGGCAGCAACAGAGGAAGUGGUCCGAACCACAGCCGAGAGGUUGGCCGCAUCUGAAGAUGAAAUGAGGGCUACCGCCGAGAGACUGGCAGCGGCAGAAGAGGAGGCGAGGAUCACUGCCGAGCGGUUGGCUGCAUCUGAGGAAGAGGCCCGUAUCACGGCUGAACGGCUUGCGGCAUCCGAGGAAGAGGUCAAGGCCACGGCUGCCAGGUUGGCCGCAUCUGAAGAGGAGGCUCGGAAUACGGCUGAAAAAUUAGCAGAGUCAGAAGAGGAGUCAAGAGCAGUAGCAGCGAAACUAGCGGCAGCAGAGGAAGAUGGCAGGAUGUCAGCCGCCAAAUUGGUUGCGGCGGCGGCAGCGGGUGCGUUGACGGUGGAUAGGCUUCGGGCAGCACAGAACAGCGGCGAGGAAACAGAGAGAAAGCUCAGAGCGGCUGAGGAGGAUGCAAGGAAAGCCAAGGAGCUAGCGCAGAAGAAUGAGCAGGAUUUCACCAAGGCUAUGGGAGAAGUCAACACUCUCAAGCCCAUAAUUGUCAAGCUUGAAGGGGAAAUCGCAUAUCUGAAGGCGGAGCGUGAUGGCUUCAAGGAGACAGCAUCUGCCCUUCCAGCUGCCCAGGAGCUCGCACAGAGGAACGAGGCUAGCUUUGUCAAGGCACAAGAAGAAAUCAACACACUCAAACCGAUCAUCACCUCUCUCGAGGAGAAGCUCAAGAAUCUCAAGAUCGAGCGCGACAACUUGCAGGAAACCGAACUCCCAGCAGCAAAGGCCAUGGCACAAAAGAACGAAGCCAACUUUGCCAGAGCCCGGGAAGAAAUCAAUACUCUCAAACCCACCAUCGUCAAGCUCGAGGAGGAGAUCGUGGUUCUCAAGGUGGAGCGUCAAAGUCUGCAGGAAACCGCAUCUACCAUCCCGGCUGCAAAGGAGAUGGCUAGGAAGAAUGAGGAGAAUUUCGCCAAGGCUCUUCGGGAAGUUAACACACUCAAACCAAUCAUUGCCCAGCUCGAGGAGGAGGUUAAGACCUUGAAGGAGGAACGUGAUGACCUACAGGAAAAUGCUCUCCCCGCUGCGAAGGAGAUGGCCCAGAAGAACCUCGAGGAGGUCAAUACACUCAAGCCCAUCAUUGUUAAGCUUAAAGAGGAUAUUGUGGCUCUGGAGGUGGAGCGUGAUGACCUACAGGAAAAUGCCCUCCCGGCUGCCCAAGAAUUGGCACAAAAGAGGGAAGCUGAAAUUAACACUCUCAAGCCCAUCAUCGCCCAGCUCGAGAAGGAUAUCGAUAACUUGAAGGUGGAACGUGACGGUUUCCAAGAAACUGCAUCUGCCCUCCCCGCUGCUCAAGAGCUUGCACAAACGAAGGAGGCUGAGAUAAACACCCUUAAGCCCAUCAUUACCAAGCUUAAAGAGGAUCUAGAGAUCUUGAAGGUGGAACGUGACGGUUUCCAAGAGACUGCAUCUGCUCUCCCCGCUGCUCAAGAGCUUGCAAAGAAGAGGGAGGACGAGAUCAACACUCUUAAGCCCAUCAUUUCAAACCUUGAGGAGGAUGUAGAGACCCUGAAGGUGGAGAGGGACUGUUUCCAGGUGACUGCGUCUGCCCUACCGGCAGCGAAGGAGUUGGCAGAGAAGAAGGAGGUAGAAAUCAAUAACCUCAAACCGAUUAUCGCUCAGCUCGAGAAAGAGGUUGAGACCCUCAAGCCCAUCAUUGUUAACCUUGAAGAAGAGCUGUCAACUGUCAAGGUGGAACGAGACGACUUGAAGGAGAACGCCCUCCCUGCUGCUAAUGAAUUGGCUCAGAAGAACGAGGCCAAUUUUGUCAAGACUCUUGGGGAGGUUAACACGCUCAAGCCCAUCAUCGUCAAGCUUGAAGAGGAAGUUAAGAUCUUGACUGUGGAGCGAGACGAGCUGAAAGGAACUGCCCUCCCGGCGGCGCAACAGAUGGCACAAAAGAAUCUCGAGGAGGUCAACACACUCAAGCCCAUCGUCGCUAGACUCGAGGAGGAAGUCGGUGCUCUUAAAGUUGAACGUGAUGGCCUUCAGGAAAUUGCAUCUGCCCUCCCAGCGGCGAAAGAAAAGGCCCAACAGAAGGAGGCCGAGGUCAACUCCCUCAAGCCAAUUAUCGCCCAGCUUGAGCAGGAGAUCGUGACCCUCAAGCCCGUCAUCGUCAAUCUCGAAGAAGAGGUCAAGUCCCUGACCGAAGAGCGUGACGAUCUCCAGGAGAAUGCCUUGCCGGCGAUGAAGCAGAUUGCAGAAAAGAGCGAGGCCGAUUUUGUCAAGACUCUCGAGGAAGUAAACGCUCUUAAGCCUAUCAUCACCAAACUUGAAGAAGAGCUCGUAAAUGUUAAACAAGAGCGAGACGGUCUACAGGAAGCUCUUCCAGUGGCGAAGGAGAUGGCGCAAAAGAAUGAGGCUGAAGUCAACUCCCUCAAGCCGAUUAUCUUCAAGCUUGAGCAGGAGGUCAAGACUCUUACUGUGGAGCGAGAUGACCUAAAGGAGACUGUUCCAGUAGUCAAGGAGAUGGCACAAAAGAACCAAGAUAACUUCGUCAUGGCUCUUGAAGAGGUCAAUACGCUCAAGCCGAUUGUCGCCAAGCUGGAGGAAGAAUUGGCAACUGUGCAGCAGGAGCGAGAUAGUUUGAAGGAGACUCUCCCGGUUGCCCAACAGUUGGCAGAGAAGAACGAGGCCGACUUCAUGAAGGCUCGUGAUGAAGUAGAUACCUUGAAGCCGAUAAUUGCCCAGCUUGAGGAAGAAGUUGGAACACUCAAACCAGUCAUUGAGAAACUCGAGGAAGAGGUUGUGAUUCUUAAGGCUGAACGUGACGACUUACAGGACACUGCCCUCCCAGCCGCACAGCAAAUGGCUCAGAUUAACCUCUUCGAAGUCAAUACUCUCAAGCCAUUCGUUGCCAAACUCGAGAAAGAGGUUGGAACCCUCAAGCCAGUUAUCGUCAAGCUCGAGGAAGAAGUUGCAGCCCUGAGGGAGGAGCGAGAUGUCUUACAAGAAACUGUAUCUGCCAUCCCAGUCUUGGACAUGAGAGACACUGGAGUACAGUCCGAUCCUGAACCCGUAGCUUUUGUGGGAACGCAGACUGAGCCUGAAGUUGAGGAGUACUCGGUUGUGUUCGACAAGGUUGCUGAGUUUGAGCCUGUGCCCGAAGUGCCAUUGGAAUUCUCGGAGAUCUCAAUACAAGACACAACGCCGAUCGAGCCCAUCCAGAAAUCAGCUUUACCAAUCCCAGUUCCUAUUCCUACUUCUACCGCAAGAGAUGCAUCUGUAUCUUCAGAUGAGGAAACCCCCAAGAAAGUUUCCGAGACCGUGGAGGAACAGCAACAACGCCCGACUACGCCUAGUCCCCAGAAAGCCAGCUCAAUUUUUGGCUCGAUGUUUGGCGGAUGGAAGCGACCUGGGACUCCGGCACAGGAACCUGAAGGCCUUAAGGGUGCUAGCGAACGAACAUUCUCAGCUGGUACUUUUGGCAAUGGCAUGAAGGACAUCCCGAUCAUCAAAGCACCGGCUGUGGAUCAAGAGGCACAAACCGACAUCACACAUGAAUUCUUUGAUAACAUGGCUGUUGCUAAAACUGUCGACAAGGGCAAGCGACCAGCGUUCGCUGUCAAUAAUCCGGAUUCAAUGUAUCUCGGAGGGGAUAGGUCGCGUGCUAGGUCGCCCAGUCUUCGAUCUCACGAAUCUCGCGACAGUUUUGGUCCCAAUGAAGCACGUAGAGGUGCCAUCAAGCGCCCUGGAAGCUCUGGAAGUCUGAGAGGCGCUGCUGGCUCUAUGGGACCCCCACCACUUCCUUCAUCUUCGCGGAACAACGUUUCCUUCAGGCCUAAGACCCCGGUCAACACCGACACUAUCAAGGCAAUUGCUCCCGAAACACCAAAUUCCAAGGCUGGCACAACACCAAGGCCCAAUGCCACUCCCCGGUUCUCCGCCACUAGAAGUGAGGUUUCUUCACCUACAUCUCGUAGAUCAUCGAUAUCUUCAUUCGCCUCUGAGAUUGAUACAAGAUUCAACAUCAUGCCCGAGGCUGUUGCAGGAGAAGCUCAGACAGAUCCAAGAAUGAUCCAAGCCAUCACUCAAACCAUGAUCGGUGAAUACCUUUGGAAGUACACAAGGAACGCUGGGCGCGGAUCAUUAUCGCACAGCCGACACAAGCGUUUCUUCUGGGUCCACCCAUACACAAGGACUCUUUACUGGAGUGAACGGGAUCCUACCACGGCUGGCAGAGCUGAGCUGAGGGCUAAGAGUGUUGCCAUUGAGGCGGUUAGGGUUGUGACAGAUGACAACCCAAUGCCUCCCGGAUUGCACAGGAAGAGUUUGGUUGUCAUUACACCUGGAAGAUCGUUGAAAUUCACGGCACCAACAGGGCAACGCCAUGAAACUUGGUUCAAUGCUUUAUCGUACCUGCUUUUGAGGACCGGAGGAGAACUUGGGGAAGAGGGCGCGGGCGAGCCUGUUAAUCAUCCCGAGGAAUUUCACACAACCCUCGGCAAUGGAAACGGAAACGGUGCACCCGGCUCGGUCCGCGGCGGUGCUGCUGAGAGCCUUUCGUCUUACCAUACACGAACAACACGAGCGUCAUCACCCGCUAGAAACAACUCGUCGCUUUCAAAUAGCCGCCCUUCAGAUAAGGUUGCGCGUCAGGGUAGCAGAUCCAGACUCAGUAACCUAUUCAGGCCUUCCUCUGGUUUCGGUACUUUCAGUACCAAGAGCAGCAGACACAACCCCAGUAUAUAUGACCAGAGUGAUUUGAAUGAUUCGGCGGAGGAUCUGAGAGAACAAAUUGAGAACGAGGAUUCGGAAAAGUUGGAGAAUGUCAGAGCUUGUUGUGAUGGUAAACAUGAUGUCGGCACACUUCCAAGGCGUGGAGGCCGGAAGGCACAAAGCGUACGUGGUGGUAGAAGCACAGAUUCCCAUCAUCAUCACCACCACGCAGACGCUGCUUCCGAACGCGCCCAUUCACAUGUUUAA